AUGUCAGGCUCCUCCUGGCUCCUUCUCAGCCUUGUAGCUGUGACUGCUGCUCAAUCCACCACUGACGAACUAGCCAAGACAUUUUUGGAGAAGUUUAACCCUGAAGCUGAAGACCUGUCUUAUCAAAGUGCACUUGCUUCUUGGAGUUAUAACACCAAUAUUACCGACGAGAAUGUCCAAAAGAUGAAUGAAGCUGGGGCCAGAUGGGCUGCCUUUUAUGAAGAACAGUGCAAGCUUGCCAAAACUUAUCCACUAGAAGAAAUUCAGAAUGUCACAGUCAAGCGUCAAUUGCAGGUCCUUCAGCAGAGUGGGUCAUCAGUGCUCUCAGCAGACAAGAGCCAACGACUGAACACAAUUCUAAAUACAAUGAGCACCAUCUACAGUACUGGAAAAGUUUGUAACCCAAGUGAUCCACAGGAGUGCUUAUUACUUGAACCAGGUUUGGAUGAGAUAAUGGAAAAGAGUGAAGACUACAAUGAGAGGCUCUGGGUUUGGGAAGGCUGGAGGUCUGAGGUCGGCAAGCAGCUGAGGCCAUUGUAUGAAGAGUAUGUGGUCCUGAAAAAUGAGAUGGCAAGAGCAAACAAUUAUGAAGACUACGGGGAUUAUUGGAGAGCAGAUUAUGAAGUGGAGGGGGCAGGUGACUAUAACUAUAGCCGCAACCAGUUGCUUGAAGAUGUGGAACGUACCUUUGCAGAGAUUAAACCGUUAUAUGAACAUCUUCAUGCUUAUGUGAGGGCAAAGUUGAUGGAUACCUACCCUUCCUAUAUCAGUCCGACUGGAUGCCUCCCUGCCCAUUUGCUUGGUGACAUGUGGGGUAGAUUUUGGACAAAUCUGUACUCUUUAACAGUCCCCUUUCGAGAGAAACCAAACAUAGACGUUACUGAUGCAAUGGUGAACCAGACCUGGGAUGCAAACAGGAUAUUCAAGGAGGCUGAGAAGUUCUUUGUGUCUGUUGGCCUUCCUAAUAUGACUCAAGGAUUCUGGGAAAACUCUAUGCUUACUGAGCCGGGCGAUGGCCGGAAAGUGGUCUGCCACCCCACAGCUUGGGACCUGGGGAAGGGUGACUUCAGGAUCAAGAUGUGCACAAAAGUAACAAUGGAUGACUUCCUGACAGCCCACCAUGAGAUGGGACACAUCCAGUAUGACAUGGCAUAUGCUGUACAGCCCUACCUGCUAAGAAAUGGAGCUAAUGAAGGGUUCCAUGAAGCUGUUGGGGAAAUCAUGUCACUUUCUGUAGCUACACCUAACCAUUUGAAAGCGAUUGGUCUUCUGCCAUCUGAUUUUUAUGAAGACAGUGAAACAGAAAUAAACUUCCUACUCAAACAAGCACUUACAAUUGUUGGAACUCUACCGUUUACUUACAUGUUAGAAAAGUGGCGGUGGAUGGUCUUUAAUGGCGAAAUUCCCAAAGACCAGUGGAUGAAAAAGUGGUGGGAGAUGAAGAGAGAGAUAGUCGGGGUGGUGGAACCUGUGCCUCAUGAUGAAACAUACUGUGACCCCGCGUCGCUGUUCCAUGUUGCUAAUGAUUACUCAUUUAUCCGAUAUUACACAAGGACCAUCUACCAAUUCCAGUUUCAAGAAGCCCUUUGUCGAAUAGCUAACCAUGAAGGUCCCCUGCACAAAUGUGAUAUCUCCAAUUCCACUGAGGCUGGGCAGAAGCUGCUCCAAAUGCUGAGCCUUGGAAAAUCAGAACCCUGGACCUUAGCAUUGGAAAGUGUUGUAGGAGCGAAGAAUAUGAAUGUAACACCACUGCUCAACUACUUUGAGCCCUUGCUUACCUGGCUGGAAGACAAGAACAGGAAUUCUUUUGUGGGCUGGAGCACUGACUGGAGUCCGUAUGCUGACCAAAGCAUCAAAGUGAGGAUAAGCCUAAAAUCAGCUCUUGGAGAUAAAGCAUAUGAAUGGAAUGACAAUGAAAUGUAUUUGUUCCAGUCAUCUGUUGCAUAUGCCAUGAGAGAGUAUUUUUUAAAAGUCAAAAACCAGACAAUUCUUUUCGGGGAGGACAACGUGUGGGUGAGUGAUUUGAAACCAAGAAUCUCCUUCAACCUCUUUGUUACUUCACCUAACAAUGUGUCUGACAUCAUUCCUAGAACUGAAGUUGAAGAGGCCAUCAGGAUGUCCCGGGGCCGUAUCAAUGAUGCUUUCCGCCUGGAUGACAACAGCUUGGAGUUUCUGGGUAUUCAGCCGACACUGGGAGCCCCUUAUGAGCCACCUGUCACCAUAUGGCUGAUUGUUUUUGGGGUUGUGAUGGGACUGGUAGUGGUUGGUAUUGUCCUGCUCAUCUUCACCGGCAUCAGAAGUCGAAGGAAGAAAAAUCAAGCAAGAAGUGAAGAAAAUCCUUAUGCCUCUGUGGACUUGAGUAAAGGAGAAAAUAACCCAGGAUUCCAAAAUGGUGAUGAGGUUCAGACUUCGUUUUAGAAAAAUCUGUUUUAUUUCCUCUUGAGGUGAUUUUAUUGUAUGAAAAUGUUAAUUUCUUGGUACAGAAAAUAUGAGAUUAUA